UGCGGCGUGCGCGGCCGCCUCCGGCCCCGCCCUAACGGCACGCCACUCAGGCUCCGACGGCGGCAGCGCGGGGCUGUGGCGGCGAGUUGAAGUGAGUCGGUGUCGGCAGGAACUGCCUCCCCCUUAGCCCCUCCGGCCGUUUCCCGCCGUGCGAGGCUGCUCUUGGCCCGGAGGGGAGGUGGCCUGAGGCCGGAGCGCAUCGCCGUGGCUGAGGAGGCCCAUAGGGUGGCCGGUCGGCCGCCCUGCUCCCUGCGGCCUUCCGAGCGCCGCCGCCGCGCCUUUCCUCUCGCCGGGCCCCGGCAGCGAGCCGGGCCAGGCCCCUCAGAUGUGCACUGUGACACGGGGGAGACCUUAAGGAACCGCGCCCCGCCGCUGCCGUUACUGAAUCUUAGGUCGGUUUGAGUCCCGAGCCUCAUCGAGUCUCCUGACAGCGACGCGUUACGCUCCGCGUCACGCGGUUUGUUUGGCUUAGAAAACUUCCUGGUUUUCGUCUUCUGUAGUACAACUGAGUGCUGAAAAAGAAUUACCUUUCUGACAGAAUGGUGGUUUAAGAUAAUCGCUGCCUUGUGCCCUUUGUGGGAUGAUGACCAAACGAGCGGCUGUCUUUCAGAUUUCAGCGAGCUUGGGUGUACUGGAUUGCAUCAGAGUGGAACUUACUGACGGGGUUUUAUCUCCCACCGCUGCGUGAUGAAAGUUUGGAAACCGUACAGCCGGCAGUCAAAUAUACUCUGAAUACAUCUGCCUACGAGCAUCCCAUUGCCUGACUUUACACGACAGCUGUCUGAAGCUCUGAGGGGUAGUUUCAGUUUCAUCUGUAAACUUUCAGCUUUAGGACAGAUGAAUGGAAAAUGGGAAGAAAGACUGAAGAAAGUGGAAGAACUAGCAUCUCACUAUGAAAGAAACCCUCUUCGUCCAGUUUAUAGACCAAAACUGUCCAAACCCUUUCAGCCAUCCUCUGUUUGGAAAAUAUUUUGUCGGCAGGCCGAAGCUUUCGAUUAUGUAAAAAGCUGCAAAGAGGAUGUUCAUGUAUUUGCCUUGGAAAAGGACACACAAAGUGGACAGAGGCUUUACCUUGUGACAACAUAUAAAGAGCUCUGGUUUUAUUACAUCCAAGGUUAUAAAACAAGUCUUAUGCAUUGCUAUGAAGUCAUUCCUGAGAAAGAUGCUUGCAAACUUUAUUUUGAUUUGGAGUUCUACAAACCAGCAAAUCCUGGUGCAGACGGCAAGAGUAUGGUUGCAAAGUUAAUUGAGCUUGUCAGCCAAAAAUUAAAGGAACUUUAUGAUGUAGAUUGUUCAGCCAAAGAUGUCUUGAAUUUAGAUUCCAGUACUGAUGAAAAAUUUAGUCGACACUUAAUAUUUCUACCCCAAAAGGCUGUCUUUAAGGAUAAUAUUCAUGUUGGUAACUUUGUGAGAACAAUUUUGCAGCCUGCCAUAAGGUUAAUUGAGAAUAAAGCUGCUGCGAUUCCAGGAGGAGGAGGAGGACACAUUUCCCAGUGUUCUGCAGAAGGAGUUGGUUUAGGUGGCUCUCUUACAGACCUCACAGCUAUCAAAGUUGCUCCCAAAGGCUGGCCAGCCCUUGCUUAUGAAACAAAGGAUAUGGAAACAUCAGAUCAGGGAGAAAAUUUGGAAUUGUCCUUCCUAAUAGUAAAUAAUAAAGAAGCUGACAAGCAACUUUUUGUGGAUCUAGGAGUUUAUACAAAGAAUAGAAAUUUCCGGAUGUAUAAGUCAUCAAAAGCAGGAAAAAAUGUGAUCCUGAAGAUAGCAGAGGAUAAUAAAUUUGUCCCUGACUGUGAAGAGAAUAUUUCCUUGGAAGAAGCAUAUUUUCUUUCCUCUUUGAUUUGCAACAUUCGAGUGACAAAUGACACAAAAGUUCUGUCAUCUGGCUUUUCAGAGGAGAGAAAAAUGUCUUCUUUUUUGAACAGUAAAACUACUACAAGCAGCACAGAUUCCAUGGAAGGUUACCAGGAUUCACCAUAUCCAGAAAUGGAUUCUUUUGUUCGUUCUUUGGUUAAUAAAGAUGGGGUACAAGGAGGGAUACGGCGAUGGAAUUAUUUCUCUCAGGAAGAAAUACUGGUGUAUGAUAUUUCUGGUUACCGUUGGUGUGAAAAUAUUGGAAGAGCUCACAAAAGUAACAACAUAAUGAUUCUGGUAGAUCUAAAGAAAGAAGUCUGGUAUCAAAAGUGUCAUGAUCCAGUCUGCAGAGAACAAAACUUCAAAUCCCAAAGUUUUCCAUUACCAGCCAGGCUACGGCUCCCCUUUCUCUUCCAAGAGGAAGAAGAAUACAUGCUAAUGGAUGAAAGUGGGAACACAGAAGAGAAAGUAAAACUACAUUCUAAUGCAUCAGACUUGUCAAAAAGCUCAGUAUCUCUAGACAAAAGCUUGUCUCAAGACGUGCUGUUGUCAGACAGUGAGUGGGACAAUGCAAGCGAUGAUGCCCAGUUCCUAGAGGCUACUGAAGACGUGGAACUAGCUGAAGCUGCAAACAGUAGUCUGCAUGAUGCCAUGGAAGACAUUCCUGAUGAAGUUCUUUUGGAAGCUUUAAGGAACCAGAACGCUGGCAGUAAAGAAGGCAGCUGAGCACAGAGGUGGCUUGCAGACAGCUUGCUAGAAACACAGCUUGAAUAUCUCCUACAGCGGUGUCUUCAAAAGUGCUCUUUUAGAGCAUUGAGUAACUGCAACCAAACAAGUGUCCUCCAACUUGGAUGAUCUUCAACAGGCGUGAGAUGAUGGAAGAUAACCCAGGGUCUGAAGAGAACAGGCCUGAAAACUCAGCAUGAAUGCUGCUCCUAUUUUAGCACUUUUAAUGCUCCCUGCUGUGCGGUUUCUAUUUUGUUAGUUGUGUGUCCAAGUUUUACUGAUGAGCCGGGUAAAACAGAUUUCUUUACUUCCAGAAAUGGGAGGAAAUUAUUUAUUUAAAGUAUAAAUUUAAUGUAAAGAUUGGUCUAUCAGUAGUGCAACCGAAGUCUACGUGUUCUCUUUUAAAAGUAUAAAUUGCCUUCAACCUCACAUUAGUAGCCUAAGAUUAAAACCAGCAUUGUUAACAGAGCAGUUUUACUAUUUUAACUGGAAUUGCUAUUUCAUUAAUUUCACUGACAUUCUGAGUAAGUUGUCACACAGAUUGUCUGAGAAAGACACAAGCUCUGAUUAAGUCACUGACUUCUCUUAAAGAACAAAGUAAAACAGAGCAAGGAUGAUUAAGCAGACUUUAAGCAUUGACCAUUCUAAUGAUUAUUCCCACUGAAUGUCAAAAGGUGCAUUAAAAACGCUUAACAUUUCUCGGAUAUCUUCCCUCUUUGUACAGCCAGAGCCUCUUCCAGUUUUGUAUUUAUAUUCUGAAAGUGUCUUUCUGCGCCUAGAACUCUCCGUGACUCCAGCAGAAGAGCAGGGAGGCUGGCAGUUCCGUACUGUUGUUAAAGAAAUAAAAUUACAAGGCAACCUUUUAACUCUCGGAAAAAUCACUGACAGAUCUGUAUGUAUUUUUCCUCUAUUGGAAAUGGUGCAGUGUGAUUUUUGAUAGUGACAAACAGGCAAUAUCAAAGAACCAUCUGAAAUGGUUUCAUUUCUGUAGAAAAUCACCACACCAGGCCGUGAGCCACGGUGAGAGGGGAAGGACUUCUAUGACUACAUGAGAGUUACUCUGCUUGUGAAAUACAAGCAGUGCUCUUGGCAUUAAAAACCUUCCAGAACAGACGUGGAAGUAUCAGAGCUUUCCCCACCUUUUAACUUUUAACAACAAAAGAAGCUGAUUACUUGUUUCUCACUGUGAAUCUUUCUUCAAUUUCUAUAAAAACAUG